AUGUCACGAAGGUUUAAAACCCACGAACUUUUUAAUGAUAUAACAAAUAAUGACAACAACAAUAGUAACCAAUACAACACUUUUAAUACAAAUAUGAAAGUCAAGAAACUUACUAAUAUAAACAACAGUAAUAAUUCCCCUAUUAUUAGAAAGUAUCGUAACACUGGUAGUAAAAAGAAAAAUGUCACAUAUUUAAGUAAAGAAAUGGUCAACCAAAUCGCUCGAGAUAUUAGGAUCAAAAAGGAAAUAUCAAAAGAAACACAUAAUUUGAAAAAAGAAAUUUCUAAGAUGGAUUCUGAGAUUGUUAGAUACCAAACUAGGUAUGUUCCUGAUAUAAAAUAUGAAAUAUCUAAGAGACAAGUAAUGUGUAAAAAAUUACAAAACCAAUAUGAUUCUUUUCAAAAAGAAAUUGACACUAUUGAUGAACAAAUAGGUAAUAUAGAGACCACUAAAAAGAAUGCUGAAAAAGAGUUAUUAUUGAAAUAUGAAGAUUUAGAGACUAAACAAUCAAUUGAGUAUAAAAAUAAAAUAAACCAGUUAAAAAUAUCUUUUGAAAAUGAUAUUAAAAAGCUGAACAAUUUAUCUCCAGGUGAACCAUUGGAAAAGGAGAUUAAUGAUCUUAGAGACAAAUUACUAGAUUACCUAGAGCAAUCAGAUAGCAUUAAAUUAUCAAAUAAACAAAAAUUGAAAGACGAGGAAAAUAUAAUUAAACAAAAGCUCGAAGAUUUUAAAAUUUUGAAAGAAAAUGAGUUGGAACAUUUCAUAAAGCAAAGUGAUGUUUUAAUAAAUGAUAUAUCCUAUCAAAACAAUCAAAGAGAUAAAUUAAAUGAUGUGAUUUCUAGCCUAAACGAAAAUUUCCAAAGCAUCCAGUCAAAAUUAAAUGAUAUUGAAAAUGAAUUACUCGAGAUAAAUAAUCAGUAUGAUACUUUACAUGAAAGUGAAAGGACUUUAGAAGAUAGAUUCAAUCUAGCAUAUUACAAUUUACAGGCAACACAAGAAAAAGCUCGUUUGCAAGAUGAAAAAUACAACGAUUACUAUAAUAAGAUGGAAUUGGAAUUAACUAAAAGAAAGAAAUUAGAAAACUCAAUAGAUGAAUUGAAAGGUUUGAUUAGAUGUUUUUUAUAUACUGAGGAUUCAAAUUUACCAGGUUUCACCAUUGAUUAUUUAGAUAAUGUUGUUUUAUUAGAAAAUUCCAAACAUAUCGAUAAUAGUAAUAAUAAUAAUAACAACAACAGUAAUUAUGAAGAAUCUAUCGAUGAAAUUAAAGAUGAGGAAAUUUAUCUAUUUAGUAGAAUUAUUCCAUCUAAUGCAUUAUCUGUUCCACAGUUAAUCUUUAGAGAAUAUAAACCUUACCAUGAUAUGUGUAUUAGUGGAAAACAAAAUUUUACUUUAUUUUCAAUUUCAAUUGAACCUUGGCUUGAAUUUCAAACCCAAUUUAUUGAAUUUCUGAUUCAUGAAUAUAGUAAGGACUAUGAAAUUAACUUCCAAAAUGUAUUUUUGUCGGAUGAUAACAUAUCUAAAGAUCUAUUAACUGUGAAAGAUGAAGAAACUGUCUCAACAACUACUACAUCAUGUAUCAAUAUCAAGUUUGAUAAUGAAAAUAAUCUUUUACUAAAUACUAUAUCAUCUCCAUUAACUGAAUAUGUUUUCAAUAAAAAAAACAAACAGAUAUCAAUAAAUUAUGAUUCUACCAAUGGUAUUAAUAUGUACAAGUUUCAAUUCAAAAAAAGAGAAUUAUAUCUUAAUGAUUCGAAUGAAUUUGAUGUUAUCAAUUUUUAUUUAGUCCAAUUCGAAAAUAUAAAUUUCAUAAAUAAGCUAUCAAAUUAUAUGUUAUCCCGAAAAUCCAUUCAACCUAGCCAUGUUGGCUAUAUGAUCAAUAGAUUAAUGAAAAACCUUAAAUCAUGUUUCUUAUUUAAUUUGAGUUCAAUUUGUACUGCUUUGAAUGGUGGACAACAAAUUUCACGCAAUGAUAUUCAAACGUUACUUGAAAUUGGUACCAAUAUUGGUAAAAUACCAAAUAUACAGAGAAAAAAACAAAAUUAA